ACUAAUGAUUGAGCCGCAGUGAAACCGGGCGGGGUAGUCAUUUCAUCAAUAGUUGGAAUUGUUGAAGGGAGUGAACGGGAAUUUCAUGGCUUGGAGGGGAAACAACUCAUACAGUCUUUCUUGCUGAGAAUAAUCCCAAACGCAAGUGGAAAUACAGUUUGUUCAAAGGUGCAGAGGUAUUUCAGAAAGUUGCCCAGAAGUUUGGGGAUCAGUUUUCCUGCUGCAGUUUGAACGGUUCCUGAACUCGGUGGGAGUGGGAAAGGGCCACACACCUUUCUCUCGUGUCCGGUUCAGCUCUUCCGGCAGAUUUUUUUUAAAAAGAAGGCACAUUGACCAGGCUUUUGCAGUUGCGCCUUGUUGCUGUUCCUGCUGAGCGGGGAACCAGCAACAUCUCUUGAGAAUAACGCCCUUAUUAUCGUCAAACGCCCCAGGGGCUUCACAGGAGUGUCCCACCCAACCAACCAACCAAACACUGACAGUUGGCCAAAGGAGAUAGUAGGACAACUGAGAGCCAGACACUUGGUCAACGAGGAGGAUGAGAAGUUCACGAUUAGGAAUUUGCAGAUCUUUAUGAUGAGAUGCCAAAUUUCUGAUGCCAAUCUGCUUUAAUUUUGACUCUUCUGUCGCAUCCUCCAAAACAGCUGGGCAAACAAAAUGUCUCAAAGGUAUUCAGACAGUAACCUGGAAGAAAAAUCGCAGGUCUUGGUGUUGGAGCAGUCAUUUAGGUCUGACUUCCAGAUCAACUCUGACUCGGACAGGUUGGUGACUGAGGGUGGUAAGCCUUCACUGCUGGGAGUAGACAACCUGGCACUGGGUAGUGCCAACUCCAUGCCAUCGCUCUCAGACAUACCAAAGGUGGUUCUGAGCACAGACAGUCCAGCUGCACUGAAGAAGGGGCACCAGCAGAUUAUCCCCAGCAAACUGGCCGUGACGACCAAGACUAAAAUGCGGCCUCAGAGCAGUGGGCCGUCCGGCAGGCGGGAUAGCGGCAGGAGGGAAGUGCGGAGUAUGCCGCCAACUGACUUGUGUUAUGAGGACGGAAGUAAUACAGGGAGCUCAAGCGGGACUCUGCAACGUAAUCGCCGCAACAUGUCAUACAAGGUGGCAACAGACAGCUUGUCCGAUUACUCUGAGGGGCAGAAGCUGUUAUCCCCUCCCACACUGUCACCUGUAGUGGAGACGGCGACAGUGCAACCAGCUCGAAGUCCAGGCAGGACCAAGCGGACAUUAGGAAGAAAGAAAGGACCCAGAAAUCGAAGUUCCUUUAAGGAUGAUCCUAGGCUAUACCAGGAGGUACGGGAGAGAGGCCUGGACAGUGUUCCAGAGUCAGACGAUGAUUUACUGGAUGACACCAGGCACUUGGAAUCUACAGAACCGGACGACAAGAUUGUGGUUCAGAAUUACCGACCGGCACAGAUGACAUGGAGCCAGUUACCACAGGUUCUAGAGCAAGGGAUUCUGGAGACUCUGCCGGCUGAGGAACGCAAGAGGCAAGAGGCCAUCUUUGAGAUCAUUGUGUCCGAGCACUCCUAUCAGCACAGUCUGACAGUCCUAAUAGACAUGUUCAAGAACUCCAAGGAACUACAGUCAACCAUGACCACCACUGAGCACCAUCAUCUCUUCUCCAACAUUUGUGAUGUUCAAGAGGCCAGUAAGAGAUUUUUUGAAGACCUUGACAUGAGGCUCCAGCAGAACCCACUUAUCCAAGAUAUCAGUGACAUUGUGGAGCACCACGCAUCAAACUGUUUUGGUGCUUACGUCAUCUACUGCUCAAAUGAAAUCUACCAGCAACGAACGCUCGAGAGGCUACUCAAUUCCAACACACAUUUCAAGGAAACACUGAAGCAGAUUCAGACCAAUUCAAGGUGUGGAGGCCUACCCAUCAUCUCCUUCCUGAUUCUACCCAUGCAGAGGGUGACUCGACUCCCACUCCUCAUGGAUACUAUUUGUCAAAAGACCAAUCGUUAUCGAGUGGAGUAUGAUGCAGCCACCAGGGCAUUGAAAGCCAUCAGUAAGUUGGUUAAAACAUGUAAUGAGGGAGCACGGAGGAUGGAGCGAACGGAACAGAUGUGUACAAUCCAGACACAGCUACACUUUGGGAAGAUUAAGGCCUUCCCUCUCAUCUCCACUUCACGAUGGCUACAGAAAAGUGGGGAGCUGACUGUCUUUGUGGAAGAGUCUGGAAUCUUGCGCAAAGUGUUUGGGAAGCAAAGUUGUUUCCUCUUCCUUUUCAAUGAUGUGUUGAUCAUUACCCGGAAACGAAGUGAGGAGAGUUACACGGUGCAGGACUACGCCAUGUUGGACCAGGUGGAGGUGGAAGCACUGGAGAGCAACGAGUCUCCCCACUCUCCCCCAGGCAAAGCCGGGAGUGGUGGAACCCUCCCUCGCACCAACUCCAAUGCUAGCCUCUUCAAAAUAAACAUGAAGAAAAACAGCGCUGGUGAAAUGGAGGAAAUUGUGUUAGCUACAGACUCCGAGAGCGACCGAGCUCGCUGGAUCCACGCCCUCCAGGAGAACCAUGACGACCUCGUCAAUAAAGAAGGCCUCCCACAGGUAGAGAUUACCAAGGCCUAUCUGGCCAAACAGCCGGAUGAGCUGACACUCCAACAGGCUGAUGUGAUCGUGGUCCUCCAGAUGGUCGAUGGCUGGUACCGGGGAGAGAGGAUACGUGACUGGGAGAUGGGCUGGUUUCCUGAGUCCUGCGCCAAGGAAAUAACCAAUCGCAUCGCGGUGCGACGAAACGUCCAGCGAAUGGAGAGAUUGCGGAUUGAAACUGACGUCUAGUUCUGGCGUCAGAGCCAAAGCUCCGUUUGUUCUGGCGUGACGGAGCCUGGAGUUUAACAAAACUGCCAAGGCUGUUGUGACAAACUUGGCAACCAACUUUUCCCAUUAGUCAUUGCCAUCAGACUGUGUAAUUGUAGCACUGGGGCUGAAUGACCCAUCAAAAAUGAUCAAUGGAUUAAAUAUGUUAGUCAGGGGUAGUUAAGGAAUAUAUUUUUCAAAAGGAGUUUGACUCUGAUCGCAAAUGAUUGGUAACCCAGUCACCAGCCUCUUUGAUUACGCCCUGUCUGUGCAGCAAGGCACUUUUUAAAGCAGAAUUUGAAAUGCUAUAUAUUUUUAAACUCAGGACCCAUGUGAUUAUGGAUGUAGAGAUUGGGGGGGUGUGCAGAGGGGGGUGGAGUGAUAGGGGAGGGUGAUUGUAGUUAAAAACCUACCAUUCCUGAUUUUAUUUCCAUGAGUUCAAUACCUAAUCCAGGAGUGAAAUUCCAGCAUUACCAAAGCAGAUCCUAUCUCAGCAUCUGAAAUGGAAGGUUUUAAGAACUUUUGUUCGUUUUGUUGCAGAUUGGUGUCUAUUGGUAACUGGUGCAAAGUCUUGCAAGAGACCUGUUGCAGCAGACAAACCUAUUGAUCAGUUACUCCAGUUAAACAAAGUUCUUGUCCCAUGUUGAACACCUUUAAAGUUAGAAACCAAAAUAAAGCUGUUCCCUGCCCACACCUUCCACAGUGAGAGGGAGGCUGUGUAUGACUCGGAGCAACUCUGUAAAAGCGAGCGUAGUUCAUUACCCUCAGCUUGUUCACUGAGAUGGUAUUGACUGAUCAUAUGGGCUCUGUCACCAAGAUUCUUAAGCAAAUUUCUCUUGUGAAUGCCAUGCAUACAAUUGGCCACAAUUCCCUUCUCAGACUCCUUGUGUUCUAUCCAUCUUCUGUUAAGGAUGGCUGGUUUUGGAAGGUUUAACUUGUGAAACCACACAGUGAAACCUCAAAUCCUAAUGCUGAUCAUUGAAACCAGGCUGGUGUCCAUGGACACUGGAGUGCUGCACGCACACAUACACAGAUACACCUCCACCUCCAAGGAGGACGAGCGGGGUGUGGACAAUGGAUACAAAGCGGGAAGUGGAUAAACACAGGAAUACAUUGUCGAGCAGAUGGCUUACACUACUGGUUGCCAACACUAAUUUGUUACAUUCCUGCUCCUGACUGGCCUAUCUCGACAGUCCUGGUGAGGAAGAUGUCUUUGAUUUGAACCUGCUUGAUUUUAGGAUAUCUGUACGAGAGUGCCAAAAAUAAACAUUUGCCUUGCCCCCACCCUUGACAACCUUGAACUGCUCGCUUUACUCUGAAGUUUGGUGAGAAAUGACUGCUUUAUAAAAUCCAUCCCUGAGAGCCUUCCCCUACUGUGAAAUGACCUUGUGACGCGUUGCCUACAGUUCCCUGUGGGGCUUGACCUGGUGAGUGUCAUGCCUCCCCUAUUCCAAGCAUGGGCAUUUUGUGGACUUUUAUUUUGCCAAAGAUUCUGAUAUUCUGGUGGUCAGGCUCCAGAAGGAAAACCAUCCCCAAUUGCCCAAUCCCCUGCCACCAAUGUGUUCUGAGCAGAGUAGGAGACUUCCAGGCUCAAUACCCAUCCCAACCUAAAACGUUCUUGGUUUGGUGGUGUAGAAUAAUGUUGUAGAGACACAAUCAAUGAUGCUCGUUUUGGAAGGAGGGAGAUCGCUUCCCAUCGCCAACACUCUGUUGGCAUUGUCUGCAGUGAUUUAGUGCCACCCUCUGCCAUUGCUAGCUCACUUUCCUUCCCCCCUCACCAUCAAUGGGAAACCUAACAGAACAUGAGUGUAUUGAUGAGCUGAUUUGCUGUCUCCUGCUUCACAUUGCUGCCAAGAUACGUUUUACUUAAGAUAAUAGGGAGAGGGGUUUAAAGUAAAGGGAGAUUCCUUAAUUUUGAGGAGGAUUUUAAAUGUCACCCAGUCAAAGGGCAACAAUGUAGAGGUGGGCUCAGGGUUAAAGAAACCACCAUGAUUUUGCUUUUGUUGCUGAACUCCCCUCUGUUGAGAUGAUCAACUCAUUGAUCAUCUUCUGCCAUUUGAUAGUCACACUGGAACUUGCCAAAUGUUUUUUAAUUAAAUGAUGCAUAUUCCUGAGAUGGACAGUUUUUAUGAAUGUACAAAUAUAUAUUUCUUACAAUUUA